AUGACAGUCUUACUAACUCAUUCAUUUGUUGGCCUAGUGCCACCUUGGAUUGAUGGAAUACCUAUUACUCUACACUACCAAACAGACUCUUUUAAAAAACUUUGUGAAUGGUUUUCUACUGAAGAUCGUUCACAUCUUAUUAAUAUUCAUAUGAUUCUACCUAUUACUAAUAUGCAGAUAGCACUUAACCAGCUUUUACUUUCUGCACUUGGAACAAAUAACAAAUCUGAAGCAAUUGAUAUUAUCCGUCGAUGGAUAUGGAUAUUCAAACAAAGCUCAUUAAAAAAUUUUCGUAUUGUAGGAUUUUCAACCGAUGGUGAUCCAAGACAUAUGCGCGCAAUGCGUCUUGUAACCGUCUUUUUUGCUACAUUACCAAACAUUAAAUCAAAUAGUUACACAAAUGCAUUUCAUCUUAAAAUUCCAAAAGAAUGGAAUUGGUAUUUUCUUAGUGACAGUCAUCUGUUUCUAUGGUUUCAAGAUGCUGCAAAUGUUUGUAAAAAGUUACGUAAUCGACUACUAUCUCGCACAAUAAAUGCUUUAUCAUACAUGGUUCUCAGUUUUUGUUAG